ACAAAAUGGCAGCUAAAAUGUUUACUCGACUUCGACUUUUAAGUCGACAUUUGAACAAACCAGUGGCCACCGUUCAGCAAACAUCGUGUUUGGGUACAACCGCUGUGAAUGAAAAUCUUUGGAACAUUGGUAAACUGAAUCAUGUUGCCAUUGCAGUGCCAGACCUGGAUAAAGCCACUGCCUUGUACAGAGACACACUUGGGGCAAAAGUCAGCGAAGCGCAUCCUCAGCCAGAUCAUGGGGUUUACACAGUAUUUGUAGAGUUGGGGGACACUAAAAUAGAGUUGCUGUACCCUAUGGGAGAAAACAGUCCUAUCGCCAAGUUCCUUGAGAAGAAUCAAUCAGGUGGCAUGCAUCACAUAUGUCUAGAGGUAUCUGACAUUACAAAGGCUCUUGAAACUGUGCGUGCGCAAAAUAUUAGAACAUUGGGAAAAGAUCCCAAAAUUGGCGCCCAUGGAAAGCCAGUCAUGUUUUUACACCCUAAAGAUUGUGAUGGAGUACUCGUUGAACUUGAACAGGAAUAAGUGGAGUUAGUUACUCUUAUCCUAAAUAAAUGCUUGCCUCACUAUUCUCUGUCUAUGGAUUGUAACAGUCAUUACUAUUACAAUCUUAAUGAUCAUCACCAUCUCAAAUGGAACCGUACAUUCAUGCCCUUAUAUACAUGGAGGAGUUUGAAUAUGAAAUCCGUGUUAGCAACUCAUAAGCAAUGUACUGUCAGGAUGUUUUGACUAGUACAUAUUCAGAUUUGAUUGAAGGCUAUCACUAAUUAAAGAUUGUAGUUGAGGGUUUGCAAAGUGGUUCUUCCGAGAGAAUAUUAUUAAGGCUUGUGCGUUAUCUAAAUGCAGUACGUCUCCAUUGUAUUUCAUCUUUAUUCUAUGUACGUGAUAAGUGACAAGUGUUCACUGAUGAAUUUGUAUACAUAGAACAGUCUUCUGGGAAUUAGUGUGGAAGCAUGUCACUGAGGUAGACUUACUAACCCAAACAUACAUGAUGGAUUUUUGUAACAAACUGAUUUAUUCAAACGAAUAAACUUGAAUGGAUGAGGACGGUCAUGGGCUAACCUGUCACCAAAUUUGAAUCAUCCUCUUGU